GGGCCCGGCGCGCCCGCCGCGCCGCCCGCGCCGGGGGUCAAGGCCGAGUCGCCCAAGACGGUGGUGCAGGCGGCGCCCCCGCCGGCGCAGACCCUGGCGGCCAGCGGCCCGGCCAGCAGCGCGGCCGGCAUGAUCCUCGGGCCAACUAUGCAAGGGGCGCUGCCCGGCCCCGCCGUCCCGCCACCCGCCCCUGGGACCCCCACGGGGCUGCCCAAAGGCGCGGCCGGCGCCGCGACCCAGAGCCUGCCCCGCACGCCGGCGGCCACCACCGGCGGGAUCCGCGCCACCCUGACGCCCACCGUGCUGGCCCCGCGCCUGCCACAGCCACCGCAGAACCCGACCAACAUCCAGAACUUCCAGCUGCCCCCAGGAAUGGUCCUCGUGCGGAGCGAGAACGGGCAGUUGCUGAUGAUCCCCCAGCAAGCCCUGGCCCAGAUGCAAGCUCAGGCCCACGCCCAGGCCCAGCCUCAGACCACCAUGGCGCCCCGCCCUGCAACCCCCACAAGUGCCCCCCCAGUCCAGAUCUCCACCGUACAGGCACCUGGGACACCCAUCAUCGCACGGCAGGUGACCCCAACUACCAUAAUCAAGCAAGUGUCUCAGGCACAGACGACGGUGCCCCCCCCCACCACACUGCAGCGCUCCUCCGGGGUCCAGCCUCAGCUUGUUCUGGGUGGUGCUGCCCAGACAGCUUCACUCGGGACGGCGACAGCUGUUCAAACGGGGACACCUCAGCGAACAGUCCCAGGGGCGACCACCACCUCCACAGCUGCCACGGAAACUAUGGAAAAUGUGAAGAAAUGCAAAAAUUUUCUAUCUACGUUAAUAAAACUGGCUUCAUCUGGUAAACAGUCCACAGAGACGGCAGCUAACGUGAAAGAGCUAGUACAGAACUUACUGGAUGGAAAAAUGGAAGCGGAGGACUUCACCAGCAGGUUAUACCGAGAACUUAAUUCCUCGCCUCAGCCUUACCUCGUGCCUUUCCUGAAGAGGAGCUUACCCGCCUUGAGACAGCUGACCCCUGACUCAGCGGCCUUCAUCCAGCAGAGCCAGCAGCAACCGCCGCCCACCUCGCAGGCUACUACCGCGCUCACGGCCGUGGUGCUGAGCGGCUCGGUCCAGCGCACGGCCGGGAAGACGGCGGCCACCGUGACCAGCGCCCUCCAGCCCCCCGUGCUCAGCCUCACGCAGCCCACGCAGGUGGGCGUCGGCAAGCAGGGGCAGCCCACACCGCUGGUGAUCCAGCAGCCUCCGAAGCCAGGAGCCCUGAUCCGGCCCCCGCAGGUGACGUUGACGCAGACGCCGAUGGUCGCCCUGCGGCAGCCUCACAGCCGGAUCAUGCUCACCACGCCCCCACAGAUCCAGCUGAACCCGCUGCAGCCAGUCCCCGUGGUGAAACCUGCGGUGCUGCCUGGAACCAAAGCCCUCUCCGCCGUCUCGGCGCAAGCAGCUGCUGCUCAGAAAAGCAAACUGAAGGAGCCCGGGGGAGGUUCGUUUCGGGACGAUGAUGACAUUAACGAUGUUGCAUCAAUGGCUGGUGUGAACCUGUCAGAAGAAAGUGCACGAAUAUUGGCCACGAACUCUGAGUUGGUGGGCACGUUGACACGGUCCUGCAAAGACGAGACCUUCCUCCUCCCAGCGCCGUUACAGAGAAGAAUAUUAGAAAUAGGUAAAAAACACGGCAUAACGGAAUUACACCCAGACGUAGUAAGUUACGUAUCACACGCCACGCAACAAAGGCUACAGAAUCUUGUGGAAAAAAUAUCAGAAACAGCUCAGCAAAAGAACUUCUCUUACAAGGACGAUGACAGAUACGAGCAGGCGAGUGAUGUCCGGGCUCAGCUCAAAUUCUUCGAACAGCUCGAUCAGAUCGAGAAACAGAGGAAGGACGAGCAGGAGAGGGAGAUCCUGAUGCGGGCAGCAAAGUCUCGAUCCCGACAAGAAGACCCAGAACAGUUACGGUUGAAACAGAAGGCAAAAGAGAUGCAGCAGCAGGAACUGGCGCAGAUGAGACAGCGCGAUGCCAACCUCACGGCGCUGGCCGCCAUCGGGCCCAGGAAAAAGAGGAAAGUGGAUGGUCCUGGACCGGGACCGGGCUCAGAGGGGUCGGGCCCAGGCUCGGUGGUCCCAGGCAGCUCCGGCGUCGGAACCCCCAGACAGUUCACGCGGCAAAGAAUCACGCGGGUCAACCUCAGGGACCUCAUAUUUUGUUUAGAAAACGAGCGCGAGACAAGCCAUUCACUGUUGCUCUACAAAGCAUUCCUCAAGUGA